UUCCUCUUUUCUAGUCUUUCCCCAUCUCUUUCUAAUUUUUAAUGGUAACAUUCUAUUUUCCCAAGGUCUUGUUGCUUGGCUGAAACCCACUUUACCUUUCUUCAACACUUUCCUCUCUCCCAUUACUGUCAAAGCUUUCAUACACUCUCUCUCUCUCUCUCUCUCUCUGCAACUCCGCUGCUCCUCUUACCUCUCUCUGCAUCACUUGGUUGUAUGACUGAGGAAAGGUAAGCACUUGACCGUUACAUUUUUCUAUCUUCUGGGAGAUGUUAGCUUUAGUUUUGUUAAUUUUAGUUCUCUCCAACGCUCAACCUCUAGUGUGUUCCUUGAAUGGCGAAGGAUUUGCUCUUUUAUCAUUUAAACAGUCCAUUAAAGGAGACCCAGGAGGGUCUUUGAACAACUGGAACUACUCUGAUGAAAACCCUUGUUCUUGGAAUGGGGUGACAUGCAAAGAUCAAAGAGUUGUUUCUGUUAGCAUCCCAAAGAAGAAACUCUCUGGGUUUCUUUCUUCUUCUCUUGGAUCUCUCUCUGAACUUAGGCAUGUUAAUUUAAGGAACAAUGAGUUCUUUGGAACAUUACCUGUUGAGUUAUUUGGAGUUCUAGGCCUGCAAAGUUUGGUCCUUUAUGGAAAUUCCUUAUCUGGGUCUAUCCCUCCUCAGAUUGGGAACCUCCAAUACCUCCAGAACUUGGAUUUGUCCCAAAAUUCCUUCAAUGGGUCGUUACCCACAACUUUGAUUCAGUGCAAGAGAUUGAGAACCCUUUAUCUCAGUCAGAACAACUUCACUGGUUCUCUGCCUGAUGGGUUUGGGGCUAGUUUGGUUUCCCUUGAAAACCUGGACCUUUCUUUCAAUAAAUUCAGCGGUCCGAUCCCAAAUGACAUGGGAAAUUUGUCUAAUCUUCAAGGAACUGUUGAUUUGUCCCACAAUUCGUUUAGUGGUUCAAUCCCAGCUAGCCUUGGUGACCUUCCUGAGAAAGUCUACAUUGAUCUUACGUAUAACAAUCUAAGUGGACGCAUACCCCAAACCGGUGCUCUUAUGAACCGAGGACCAACUGCUUUCAUAGGAAAUCAAGGUCUUUGUGGCCCUCCUUUGAAAAAUCCAUGUUCACCCGAUACACCUGGUGCGAAUUCGCCUUCCUCGUACCCUUUCUUGCCAAGUAAUUACCCGCCCCAGAAUACCAGUGAUAAUGAUGGAAAAAGCGGUAGCGGAAGUGGGCUUAGUAAAACUGCUGUAAUCGUCAUUGUUGUAGGUGAUGUAGUUGGAAUUUGUCUGAUUGGGCUGCUGUUCUCGUACUGCUAUUCACGAGUUUGCCCGUGUAGCAAGAGAAAUGGUGAAAACGGUUAUGGUUUUGAGAAGGGUGGAGGGAAAGGAAGGAGAGAGUGUUUGUGCUUCAGGAAGGAUGAAUCGGAGACUUUAUCAGAAAAUGUGGAGCAAUAUGAUCUGGUACCGUUGGAUGCACAGUUGGCUUUUGAUCUCGAUGAGCUUCUGAAAGCAUCAGCUUUUGUCCUGGGAAAGAGCGGUAUUGGGAUUGUUUAUAAAGUUGUGCUUGAAGAUGGGCUUACAUUGGCUGUUAGAAGAUUGGGAGAAGGCGGUUCUCAGCGGUUUAAAGAAUUUCAGACCGAAGUGGAAGCGAUUGGGAAGCUAAGGCAUCCUAAUAUCGUUACUCUUAGAGCCUAUUACUGGUCUGUCGAUGAGAAGCUGCUGAUCUAUGAUUUUAUACCUAAUGGAAACCUUGCAACUGCAAUUCAUGGGAGAGCUGGAAUGACAUCCUUUACACCACUUCCAUGGUUUGUCCGUCUGAAAAUAAUGAAAGGAGUGGCAAAAGGUUUGGUGUAUCUGCACGAGUACAGUCCCAAAAAAUAUGUCCACGGAGACCUGAAGCCGAGCAAUAUACUGCUUGGACCAAAUAUGGAGCCCAAAAUCUCCGACUUCGGACUUGGGCGCCUUGCUAAUAUAGCGGGUGGGUCCCCAACCCUACAAUCCAGUCGAAUGGCAUCUUCUGAGAAACCACAUCAAAGGCAAAAAAGCAACGUCUCAUCAGAAGUCACGGCAUUCAGUUCGGUUGCAAACAUGGGAUCCUACUAUCAAGCCCCUGAGGCACUAAAAGUGGUGAAACCGUCACAGAAAUGGGAUGUUUACUCGUACGGGGUGAUCUUACUAGAAAUGAUUACUGGGAGAACGCCCGUAGUCGAAGUGGGCACAUCGGAAAUGGGCCUUGUCAACUGGAUUCAGCUGUGCAUCGAGGAGAAAAAACCUCUUGGGGAUGUUUUAGACCCCUUCUUGGCGGAUGACGCGGACAAGGAAGAGGAAAUCAUCGCGGUUUUGAAGAUCGCAAUGGCGUGCAUACAGAGCAGCCCUGAAAGGAGACCCUCAAUGAGGCAUAUCUCUGAUGCCUUGGAAAGACUCGCUGUGUCGAGCAUUGAAUAGCUUCUAGCCGAGAAAUAUCGUCGAUUGAUUAGAGGGCUUAAAAAGUCGAUCCAAUCAGAAAUUUCAGCAGAAACACGACCGGAGGGCUUAAAAAAGAUCGAUCAAUCAGAAAUUUCAGCAGAGACACGACCACGGGCGAUGCCGGGGGAGAUGAUGUGAGGGAAGAUGUUGAGUACUAUUUCAUUUGCUUAGGAUUCUCUUUUCUCAUUGUAGAAAGUCUAAGUUAAGUUUUCUUUUUUUGUUGGGAACUGGGUUUGUAUUGGUGCAUUUCAAGAAGAAUGUCUUCUUCUUCUUGCUCUUAUUUGUAGGCCAUUUGUCUGUUUGUUGUUUCUGUUUAAACUGAUUUGAUGGUUUUGUUGUUUUCCA